UCUGAAUUUCAGAGCAUUCCAGUUUACCCAGGCUAUGCUGUUUGCCAUAGAGGAGAUCAACAACAGCACAUCCCUGUUGCCCGGUGUCUCUCUAGGCUAUAAGAUCUAUGACUCAUGUGGCUCCAUAGCCAGAGGGGUGAGGGUGGCCCUGGCGCUGGCUAACGGGAACCAGGAGACAGCCACAGAGGGUUCAGGUUGCUCCAGGCCAGCCCAGGUUCAGGCCAUCAUGGGGGAGGAUUCCUCCUCGCCCAGCAUGGCCACUGCUACCGUCCUCGGUCCCUUCCAUAUCCCGAUGAUCAGCCACUUUGCCACAUGUGGGUGUCUGAGUGAUAAAGUCAAGUACCCCUCCUUCUUCAGAACCAUCCCCAGUGACCACUACCAGAGCAGAGCCCUGGCCCAGCUGGUCAAACACUUUGGCUGGAGCUGGGUGGGGGCCAUCCGAACCAACGACGACUAUGGAAACAACGGCAUGGCCACGUUCAUUGAGACGGCAGCGCAGCUGGGGAUCUGUCUGGAGUACUCUGUGGCCUUCUUCAGGACAGACCCUGAGGAGAAGCUGCAGAGGGUCAUAGAGAGCAUCAAGACGUCCAAAUCCAAGGUCAUUGUCGCCUUCCUCUCUUUCCUGGACCUAGACUUGCUGGUGAAGCAAUUUGCCCGCCACAAUCUGACAGGCUACCAGUGGGUGGGCUCCGAGGGCUGGAUCAUUGACUCCUAUAUCGCCAGGGUGGAGGCCCACCACGUCCUGAACGGAGCCAUAGGCCUGUCCAUCGCCAAAGCCCACGUCACAGGGCUGGGAGAGUUCAUCCUGGACGUGAGGCCGCUUAAGUCCGCCGGCAUUGACAGCAGCAUGUUCACUGAGUUCUGGGAGGCUCUGUUUGACUGUCGCUUCAGGCAGGGUGAGAGGUCGGAGACGGGUCAGUCUCAGCAAGAGUGUACAGGCAGGGAGAAUCUGUCUGGGUUGCAGAACAUCUUCACUGAUCUGUCUCUAAUGGCUAUCUUUAAUAAUGUCUAUAAAGGGGUUCUGGCUGUGGCUCAUGCCCUCCAUAAUGUCUGGGGCUGUGGGGAGACGUGUGGCAAUAAGACACAGCCUGAUCCACAGACAAUUCUCGAGCACAUAAAAAAUGUGCGUUUCAAGACAAAGGAGGGGGAGGAGGUGUAUUUCAACGAGAAAGGGGACGUUACUGCCAAGUAUGACAUCAUCAACUGGCAGCCGAAGGAGGACGGCAAUGUGGAGUUUGUUACCGUGGGUCUCUACGAUGCCUCCCUACCUGCAGACAGGCAACUCACCAUCAACAACAGCUCCUUAGUGUGGACACAGAAUGCAAAGCUGGUGCCUGUGUCAGUUUGCAGUGAGAGCUGUCCCCCAGGCACUCGUAAGGCUGUACAGAAAGGAAAGCCUGUAUGCUGUUAUGACUGUAUCCAAUGUGCAGAGGGAGAGAUCAGUAAUAACACAGAUUCUGUCACCUGUGAUCAAUGUCAUCCUGAGUUUUGGACCAAUAAGAAGAGGGAUAUGUGUGAAAAGAAGGAAAUAGAAUUUCUCUCCUAUGAAGAAAUCAUGGGAGUGUUGCUGACUGCUGUCUCCCUGCUAGGAACAUGUAUGACUAGUAUUGUGGCAUUUAUUUUCUUCAGAUACAAGAAAACGCCCAUCGUCAGGGCCAACAACUCUGAGCUGAGCUUCCUGCUUCUCUUCUCCUUGACUUUGUGUUUCCUGUGUUCUCUUACUUUCAUUGGCCGGCCCUCUGAGUGGUCCUGUAUGCUGCGCCACACAGCGUUUGGGAUCACCUUCGUCCUCUGCAUCUCUUGUGUUCUGGGGAAAACAAUAGUGGUGUUAAUGGCCUUCAGGGCUACACUUCCAGGCAGUAAUGCCAUGAAAUGGUUUGGUCCUCCACAGCAGAGAUUAACUGUAGUGUCCUUCACGUUUGUCCAGGCUUUGAUAUGCACUCUGUGGUUGGUCCUGUCCCCUCCCUUCCCCAUUAAAAACCUCACUACCUACAAGGAAAAGAUCAUUCUAGAGUGUGAUGUGGGUUCAGCUAUUGGUUUCUGGUCUGUGUUGGGCUAUAUAGGACUCCUGUCUCUCUUGUGCUUUGUGCUGGCUUUUCUGGCUCGGAAGCUGCCUGAUAACUUCAAUGAGGCCAAAUUCAUCACCUUCAGCAUGCUCAUAUUCUGUGCAGUCUGGAUCACCUUUAUCCCAGCUUAUGUCAGCUCUCCUGGGAAGUUCACUGUAGCUGUGGAGAUCUUUGCCAUUCUGUCCUCAAGCUUUGGGUUGCUUUUCUGUAUAUUUGCACCUAAAUGUUAUAUCAUUUUAAUGAAACCAGAGAAAAACACUAAAAAGAUGAUGAUGGGAAAAAUGUAA